AUGGAAGAAGAAGAAGAAGAAGAGCAAAAGCUUCUGCAGUCGUAUCCUCGUUACUGGGGCUUCACACCAGAAGAAGAGUACUACAAGCAGCAAGGAAUCAGAGGCACAAAAUCUCAUUUCACAACCGCGCGUGGCCUCACGCUCUUCACAAGGUCAUGGCUUCCAAACCCCACCACCACCCCACGCGCGCUGGUUUUCAUGGUCCACGGCUAUGGCAACGACAUCUCCUGGACCUUCCAAGGCACCCCCAUCUUCCUCUCGCAAUCCGGCUUCGCCUGCUUCGCCAUCGACCUCCAAGGCCACGGCCACUCACAAGGCCUCAAAGCCUUCGUCCCCUCCGUAAACCUCGCCGCACACGAUUGCCUCUCCUUCUUCAACUCCAUCAAACAACAAAACCCCCAAUUCCAACAUCUCCCCUCUUUCCUCUUCGGAGAGUCCAUGGGCGGCGCCAUAUGCCUCCUCAUCCACUUCCUCUCUCCGGAACCCUUUCACGGCGCCGUUUUGGUCGCCCCCAUGUGCAAAAUAUCCGACAGCGUCAGACCCAGAUGGCCCAUUCCCCAGAUCCUCACCUUCCUCGCCAGAUUCUUCCCCACUCUCCCCAUCGUCCCCACCCCCGAUCUCCUCUUCAAGUCCGUCAAGGUUCCCCGCAAGAAACUCAUCGCCAACAUGAACCCUUUGAGGUAUCGCGGCAGGCCCAGGUUGGGCACCGUCGUUGAACUUUUAAGGGUCACAGACUUCAUCAAUCAGCGACUCUGUGAUGUCAAUCUCCCUUUCAUUGUCUUGCAUGGGAGUGCCGAUGUUGUGACCGACCCUGAUGUCAGUAGGGAGUUGUACCGCGAGGCCCGGAACCCCGAUAAGACCAUUAAGGUCUACGAUGGGAUGAUGCAUUCCUUGCUGUUCGGGGAAACCGAUGAUAAUGUUGACAUUGUCAGGAACGAUGUUUUGUCGUGGCUGCUCGCUAGGUGUUGA